AUGUACUUUCUCACUAGUCUCCUGGCUACAACUGCGCUGGCCGGUAGUGUCAGCGUGAACCAGCGAUUGCAUCACCGUCAGAAUGCCGAGUAUUCUGUCAAGCAAGGCCCGCUGUCUACAGAAUGGACCAGCAAAGCCGGCACGAAUCCAUGGCCGGAAUAUCCUCGCCCUCAGCUGCAACGGGCUGACUGGCAGAAUCUGAAUGGCGUCUGGCAGUACCGCAAUGCGAACAGCUUGGAGGAUGUCAAAAAUCCUCCAUUCAAUCAAUCGCUGCAGAGCCCAGUGCUUGUGCCUUCGUGCUUGGAGAGUGCACUCUCAGGCGUCAUGGGCAGCAACACAAUAUACUCGUGGUAUUCCACCGGCUUCACCGUCCCCAAGUCCUGGUCCGGCCGACAGAUUCUGCUCAACUUUGGCGCAGUCGACUAUGAAGCAACCGUGUUUGUGAACAAUCAGCAAAUCGGCUUCCAUCGCGGUGGUUACUUUCGCUUCACUCUCGAUGCGACGGCGAAUAUCAACUUUGACGGAGAGAAUACACUGCUGGUAUUUGUGCACGAUCCCACGGAUAAAGACGACUAUGUCAUUCCCAUUGGCAAGCAGACGCUCAAUCCGAAACAUAUCUUCUACACGCCCUGCAGUGGCAUUUGGCAGAGUGUUUGGAUUGAGGCGGCGCCGGCGAAUUACAUUACUGAUUUGGACAUCGAUGCCAACAUGGACGGUCAAGUCAAUGUGACUGUGCAUAGUGGAACAGGAAAUGCCACGGCCGUCGAGGUGACAGUCUACGAUGAAGACAAGGCUAUCGCGACUCACAAGGAUACUUCGGACAGACCAUUCCAGUUCACUGUAUCCUCGCCCAAGCUGUGGUCGCCGGAUUCUCCUACUCUGUAUAAUGUCACGGUGAAGAUGGGCGGCGACCAGGUCAGCAGUUAUACUGGAUUCAGGACCAUUUCGAAGGACAAGGUCAAUGGCGUUGUUCGACCUCUUCUGAAUGGAGAAUCUGUGUUUAUGUUUGGUACUCUAGACCAAGGAUACUGGCCGGAUGGACUGUAUACUCCUCCCAAUCGAGAGGCGAUGGUGUAUGAUUUGAAGAUGUUGAAGAAUCUUGGCUUCAACAUGGUUCGGAAACAUAUUAAAGUGGAACCAUCGCUCUUUUAUCGCGCCUGUGAUGAACUCGGUUUGCUGGUUAUACAAGACAUGCCCUCUCUUCGACCACUGCAAUCACGAACAGGAGACAACGGCGUUAGUGAGACCAUUCUGCCUGAUCAGGCACAGCAGGAUGAGUUUGUUCGACAGCUGGAGGUGUUGGUAAAUCAGCACAAGAGCUAUCCGAGUAUCGUGACUUGGGUCGUCUAUAACGAAGGCUGGGGCCAAAUCGUCGAUUACUAUCCCGAGUUCGAAUUGACCGAGCGAGUGAGACGGUUGGAUCCCACUCGGCUGAUUGAUUCGACGUCUGGAUGGGAUGAUCAUGGAGCGGGUGACUUUAGUGACAACCAUCACUAUGCCAAUCCCCAAUGUGGCACUCCCUUCUAUUCCACCCCAUCCAGUCCAUUUAACCCAUCGCGUAUUGGCUUCCAGGGUGAAUUCGGUGGCGUGGGACAUAACGUGUCCAUUGAAAAUAUGUGGAACGUGCAAGCCUCCAUCAACGCCAUCAACGAAACGUACGAGAUCGACGAGACCCUCGAAGCAUGGAACUACCGCAGCCAUCUCCUCCUGACCGAACUCAAAGAACAAACAGACCGAUACGCCUGCAGCGGCGGAGUCUGGACCCAAACGACCGACGUCGAAGGUGAGGUAAACGGCCUCAUGACGUACGAUCGGAGGAUUCUGCGCGUGGACGAGAAGCAGUGGAAGGCGGAUAUCAAGGCGCUGUACGAUGCGGCGGCGGCACGGAGCAAGGCUACCAGUGAUUGA